AUAUAUUUUUUUUUGCCUUUGAGAAAAAAAACAAAAUAGUAAGAGAGAGAAGUCUCACCACAUAGCAACCAUCCAUGGCUUCUCCAUCUUCUCUCAGACUGGACAUCUCCCUUUCCUCUCUCAAUCGCUCAUUCCAUCGUCCCAACGUAUUUUCUUCUUCUUUUUCUUACGUUUCUCCCCGUCUGAAAAUUCAAUUCACUCCUUCCCAAUACAAUACACUAAAACUCCCUACUUGUUCAGAUUCUUUCCGCACUUUCUACCGAUUCUCUCCUUCGAACGACCACGAUGAAGAAGAUGCCGAGAAUUGCAGCUUCGACGAGGCAGUAGAGCUUUUCAACGAAAGAGAAUAUUACAGGUGCCAUGAUUUACUUGAAACUUUAUGGAACAGAGCUGAAGAGCCCUCUAGAACUCUCAUCCAUGGUAUUCUUCAAUGCGCUGUGGGAUUCCAUCAUCUGUUUAAUCAGAAUCAUAAAGGAGCAAUGAUGGAGUUGGGAGAAGGACUUAGUAAGCUGAGAAAGAUGAACUUCAAGAAUGGAGCUUUUCAUCAGUUUGAACAGGAAAUAUCUACAGUUCUUGAUUUUAUAUACCAGACCCAGAUUGAAUUAGCUGCUUGCAGUGAUGAUAUGUGUGUUAGGAUGGAUCAAUCGGAGAGGUCGUACCAACUGCUUGGGGGAUAUGGUGCAGGACAGCAUCUGUAUAAACUGCAAAGCGACUCAUCAAAUGAACAGACUAUGCAUAUAGUGUUUUGUCCAAACAUGUCUUAUGUUAAUGGCCACCCACAGAAAGUAAAGCUUCCUACUCUUAAUGCUACCACUCAAUUACUCCACGCUUCUUCUUGACUUCGAAAUUCACCUCUAUAAUCUUUGGUCUGCUGCAAUGCAAUAUAUGUACAAGAAUUUAUGGUGCUUAGUAGCACAAUCAAAUUUAGCCCUAUAAAUUUUUAUACUAUUUAUUAAAGUAAAAUAAAUAAGAUUUAAUACUGAUAUAACAUUUCUCAUAUAUAUUUAUCUGCUACCAUCAUAAUUAUUAAUGAUUACUAUUUUUUUAUCCA